AUGAAGUCUCAAAACGGUGUGACAAAGCUACGAGCUGCCAGCCUGACCACUAGUGGGACGGUGUCCAGUGUGCCGAAUACAAGACUUGCAGGCCAUAUGCACCUGGUCUCGUCUACAAUGACGCCGCAGGACGCUGUGAGAAGCUCCAUGCCGCUUGUCCCACCUGGCCAAUACUGGGAUGGUGCGGAAUGUAUUGUCGACGUGGCAAGACAGCGAUGUGCCCCUGGAUUUACCUACGAUGAGGGUACUGGAGCCUGCGAGUAG